AUGAACAGCAACCACGAAGAGACGUUUGUUGGUGCCAUCGACCAGGGGACAACUAGCUCCCGCUUCCUGAUAUUCAAUCCUUCCGGGGAGCUGGUUGCUUCGCACCAGGUGGAGUUCACACAGUACUUCCCGAACUCUGGCUGGCACGAGCACGACCCUCUGGAGAUUGUCUCCAGCGUCGAAUUCUGCAUUGAAGAAGCCGUCAAGGCCUUCGAGUCCCAAGGCUAUAACCGCUCGCAGAUCAGAGCGGUCGGCAUUACGAACCAGCGCGAGACGACUGUGGUGUGGGAUCGGGAGACGGGCAAACCGCUCUACAAUGCUAUCGUCUGGACCGACACGCGCGCCCAGGCGCUAGCCCGUGAGCUCAAGGCACGGCCUGGGUCAGACAAGCUUCAGCAAAUCUGUGGACUGCCACUGUCCACGUACCCCAGUUCGGCAAAGCUGUUGUGGAUGCUGGACAAUGUUCCCGACGUCAAGGCUGCAUACGACGAGGGGAAGUUGACGUUCGGUACUGUGGAUACCUGGCUGGUGUACCAGCUGAACGGAGGGCCUGCCAGUAAUGUUUUCGUGACCGAUGCCACUAAUGCGUCGCGGACCAUGUUCAUGAACAUCUCAACCCUGCGUUAUGAUGAUGCGUUGCUGGACUUCUUCCAGCUGAACAGGGCCAAGGUGCACCUGCCAAAGAUUGUCGACAGCAUCGAUGCCAAGGCAUAUGGCCACUUGGCGUCCGGGGCCUUGAAGGGCCUCGUCAUUGCAGGCUGUCUGGGAGACCAGUCGGCUGCACUGGUCGGCCAGAAGGGAUUCUCGCCAGGCCUCGCCAAGAACACUUAUGGAACAGGCUGCUUCCUAUUGUACAACGUGGGCGACAAGCCUGUGAUCUCCAAGCAUGGACUUCUGGCCACGGUCGCGUACGUCUUCGACGGUAAGCCCGUCUACGCCUUGGAGGGCAGCAUCGCAGUGGCAGGAUCCGGGAUCAAGUUCCUCCAGAACAACCUCAACCUCUUCAACGAAGCUCCGGAGAUCAAUGAUCUCGCGACUUCGGUGGAGGACAAUGGAGGGGUCGUCUUCGUCACGGCCUUCAGCGGUCUUUUUGCGCCGUACUGGAUCGAUGACGCGAAGGGCACAAUGUUUGGCAUUACGCUCAACACGAAGAAGGGCCACAUCGCUCGCGCUACACUGGAAGCAACCUGCUACCAAACAAAGGCCAUCCUUGACGCCAUGCAGCUCGACAGCGGCCAUGCUCUUGCCGAGUUGGCUGUUGACGGGGGCAUGUCAAACUCGGAUCUUUGCAUGCAAACCCAAGCCGACACCAUCGGCAUUCCGGUAUACCGGCCAAAGAUGCGCGAGACCACGGCACUCGGGGCGGCGAUUGCAGCUGGCCUGGCGACAGGCGUCUGGCGCAGCUUCGCCGAACUGCGCGACGUCAAUCGGGCCGGCGGUACCGUGUUCGAGCCGUCAACCUCGGCGGCCGAUCGGAAUGCGAAGUUCGCGGCCUGGACGAAGGCGGUCGAGAAAUGCAGAGGCUGGGUCGACGUGUCGGGCAAGGCCAAGGGCGAGGUGCCGCCGCCGCCGCCGGGCAGUGGCAGGCUGGAGGCGCCGAAGUUCCGGCAGCGCGUCGACUCGGCAGUGAGCGACGGCAACCUGGAUCUGGACGGCAUGGACGCGGAGGACUUGCAGAUGGAGCUGCGCAAGAUUGAGAUUCUGCAGAGCCUCAAGAGACUGCGCAGCACGCGGCGCAGCCAGCUGUAG